AUGUCAGAUGGCUCUCAUCCAGAGAGCAAGGCUCCAAUGGCCCUGACAGAAAGCCGUCAUGAAGGUUCACCAAAAGCAAGAUCGUCUUUCAGCAGGCCCGUGUUCUCCGAGGGAGAUCCUCCCUUCCUGAAGGCGCGCCAAAUCAAUGUGGGCAGUGAGACUGAGUUCUAUUUCUACGACCCAGCUUCUAAGCGAGAAGAACCAUUGAAAGUCUUUGCGUUCAUUCCGGAGGGAUGGAAUGAGGAGACACCAGUCCUCUUUGUCAUGCACGGAGUGAAUCGAGAUGCUAAAGAGAUGUUUCAUAAGCUUGUGGAUAAGAGGCUCCUCCCUCAGAAGCAUCAUUUCAUUCUCCUUGUACCAUACUUCAGCCAAGAGCAGUUCCCUACCAGGGCAGAGGACCGCAAAUUUUGGAGUUUUACUGCGAUUGAAAACUUUUUUCUUGCGCUCAAAGUUGAGCUGAAGCUUGCCGCUCCAGGUUAUCACAUUUUUGGUCACUCCGCUGGGGCCCAGUUUGUGCACAGGCUUGUCGCAUUCUCGGCUUCGAAAAACAACAAGUCUCAUAUCAUCAAGGCGGUAGCCGCAAAUGCUGGUUUUUACUCAAUGCCGUCUCUUGAUAUGAAAUUUCCCUAUGGUCUCGGUCGCUGUGGGCAACUGUUCACUGAGGAGGACUUGAGAAUUUUCUUGGAGGCGCCAUUAGUGGUGCUUCUGGGAGAGGAAGAUACAGAUCCCAAUCACAAGCACUUGCCCAUCGGCAAGCUUGCAGCAAAGCAGGGCAAACACAGGUUUGAGCGAGGACAGUCCUUCUUUGAAGCAGGACUGCAGGCUGCGGAACACUAUGGAGUGUGUUUUGGAUGGCAACUGCAGACAAUCCCCGGCGUGGCACACGAAGGAGUGAAGAUGUGCGAGAGUGCUGUGAAAAUUCUCUUCCCAAGAAUCAACUUGCCGGGAGAAGAUGCAUGGAGUGGUUCGGAUUAUGAUUCAGCUACACAACUUUCUGCUCGACAGAGACACAAGCAGUCGUUUUUAAUGCGGGUGGCAAAGAAACGAGAG